AUGGCGGACGAUGACCUCAUGCCCGUCGUCUCCUUCGGGAGCCUGAUGAGCGAGGGGAUAACCCUGAGCCGGCGCGGCCAGCACGACAAGGCUCUGGGCUGCUUCAAUGACGCACUGAAGCUGAGAGCAGGAGACAAGCACUGCCUCAUCACCCGUUCCAAGUGUUUUCUGAAACUUGGGGACACAGAAAACUCCUUGAAAGAUGCUGAAGCCUCGCUCCAAAUUGACAAUACAUUCUAUGAGGGGCUUUACCAGAAAGCAGAGACCCUGUAUGCCAUGGGGGACUUUGAGUUUGCUCUGGUGUUUUACCACCGAGGCCGAAGGCUCCGCCCUGACCUGCACAAGUUCCAGCUGGGCAUCCACAAGGCUGAGGAGGCCAUUAUCAACUGCAUUGGGAAUCCAUCCUCAGUGAAGCUGGAGAGCAAGGAGGAGCUGUGCUUUGUGAGCAGGCAGGCAGAGCUGCAGAGCAAAAAGGACAACCAGAAACAGCAAAACAAACCAAAGGACCAAAAGGAUCAAAAACACACCAAGAAGCAGAGUCCAAAAACAGAGCAACAGCUUCUGGGACAGCUUUAUGCUGACAAGGCAUAUCUGGAGAAGUUGCUCAAGGAUGAAGACUUGAUGCAGAGCAGCACAAGGCAGGGGGCCAAAGUCAUGGACCUGGUUUUGGAUGGCAUCUCCUACCUGAACCAGCGGCGGGACUUCUGGCAGCAGCAGAAGCCGAUUUACGCGCGGGAGUACGAGCGCAAGGCCCUGCGGCAGAGCCGCGCACGGGACAAGAAACAGAAACCAUCUGACAUUGCCAGAUCCAUCGCCAAGGAGAUGGAGGACAUCGAGCUGAUGCUGGCCAGAGGUUCUGCUGAGCAAAGCUGCAGGAAAGCUGAACGGCUGCUGAAAAAGAUACAAGCCUGGUCAGAGAAUGAAGUUCCCAACAAGUAUGAACUGAUUGGGAACCUCCACAGCUGCAUUGGGAAUGCCCAGUUGGCAAUGGGACAGAUGGAGGCAGCUUUGCACAGCCAUAAGAUGGAUCUGGAAUGUGCCAGGGAGCACACUCUGCCGGAUGCCGAGUCCCGGGCCCUGGACAACAUUGGCCACGUGUACGCCCGAAUUGGAAAGUUCCAGCAGGCCAUCAACACCUGGGAGGAGAAGAUUCCACUGGCCCAAUCCAGCCUGGAGAAGGCCUGGCUGUUCCAUGAAAUUGGGCGGUGCUACCUCGAGCUGGAUAAUGCUGAAGUAGCCCAAGAUUAUGGAGAGCAGUCCCUGCAGUCAGCAGAUGAAGAGGGAGAUGUGGAGUGGCAGCUCCAUGCCACCGUACUGGUGGCACAGGCACAAGUGAAAUUGAAAGAUUACCAGUCUGCAAUCCUGAAUUUUGAAAGGGCUCUGGAGAAGGCAAGGCUUGUGCCCAGUGAAACUGCUCAAAAUGGCAUCAUUGCGGCCUUGGAUAACGUGAGCAAAAGCUUCAUUGCAGAGCUGAACAAAGGCCACAAAGACGGGACGAUUCCCUCACAUGAAGAUCGCCUUUUCAGUAGUGAAAGCAUAAAAACCACCUCUGAGAAUGUGGAAGAGGAGGAGGAGAAAGGGAAUCCAGAUGAAAAGCCAUAAGAGGAAGCCAGAAACGAUACGAAAGCAGAAGAAAAGUUUAAAGGAGGCAAACGGACAAGGAAAUAAAGGAGAGCCGUGGGGAAAAGUGGAGCCUAGGCGGGAAAUUGAAAUAAAUAUUGAGCAAGCGUCGUA